AUGAAGGUUGCAAGGGAAAGGAGAUAUGCUCUCCUGCUAGCAGCUAGGGACUCUGAUUUUGUGAAGAAAAUGUAUGGUGGAUACUUCAAUGUCUUCAUGAAUGCGUUUGCAGAGGAAGGAGAGCAGUGGGAUUUGUUCAGGGUUGUCGAUGGAGAGUUUCCUGACAUGGAUGAGCUUGACGAGUACCACGGCUUUGUGAUCAGUGGUAGCCCUUUUGAUGCUUUUGGAAACGAUUUGUGGAUCCUCAAACUUUGCCUCUUGUUACAAACAGUAGAUGCCAUGGGAAAGAAAGUUGUUGGUAUAUGCUUCGGUCAUCAGGUUCUGUGCCGAGCAUUGGGUGGCAAGGUAGGGAGAGCUUUUAGUGGUUGGGAUAUUGGUCUGAGGAAAGUCAAGAUGGUGGAGGAUUUGCCUCAUUAUGGCUUUUUUGAUGGAUUAAAGGAAAUCCCACCUUCUCUUUCCAUUAUUGAGUGCCAUCAAGAUGAGGUAUUGGAGGUCCCAUUUGGAGCUGAGGUAAUUGCCUCCUCAGACAAGACAAGAGUAGAGAUGUUCACCCUUGGAGACCACAUAUUAGGCAUUCAAGGCCAUCCAGAAUACACCACAGAUAUUCUAUAUAAUAUCAUUGAUCGUCUUGUUAACAACAACUCCAUAGAGAGGUCAUUCGCUGAAUGUGCUAAGUCAAGAUUGGAGGUGGCUGAACGGGACAGAAAGACAUGGGAGAAGAUUUGCAGGAACUUUCUUAAGGGGAGAUAGAUAGAUUCACCUUUAACUUCUAAUUUGUAUUGCUUUUGCGUCUUCUAACCAUGUUCAGUACGUACAACUCCAACAAUGUGGACUCAAACUGAACUUCAAAUUUGUACUCGCAAUCUUUUCAUUUCUGUAGUUACAUAUCAAGUCCAACAACAGAG